UCGUACGAAUGCGCCGGGGCGGGUCUUUUUCAGGAACGGACAGGUCCAGUGGUCGACGAAACCGGAGUGGUUCCAUAAAUGUUCUCUUUUCGGAGCUCUCUUCUGAACGAGUUUCAAGACUCGAUCUCUGACGUAGGUAGGAGUCCAUCCUCUUCACCCUGGGGGUGUCUCACGUCCCUUUCCCCAGGCGAAGGGGAGCCUGCACCACGGUUCCCCGGCCUUCACUGAAACGUUGUCGAUCGGGGAGAUCGGCUCCGACCGCUUUGUCUCCGGUUAUCGGCUGCCUCCUUUAAGGUUAUUAUCGUAAGUAUCAGAAUGGAAAUCAUAUGGUUGAAGACGCUGUCCAAUUAGUUCGGUAAAAGGCAGCGAUAUCUGGAGCUUGGUUGGAGGUGAAUUGAGUAACUUUGCUUUGGAUUUCUUUUUAGGAAAGUGCUUGGGUUCCACUUUUGAUUUAUAGAAAAAAUGAUGGUUUCAGAGGAUAGGGUUUUUCUCACAGUGUUUUUUGCAGCGGUUGAUUCACACACAUCUUCUAGUGCCAUAAGUGCUCCAAAAGAAAAUGGAAAGUCUGAUAUGAUUAUUACUGUAAAAAAAUUGAAUGAAUUUGCUAAAGUUCAUCCAAAGAAUAAGAUUGUGCAUACAAAUAUUGAGAAAGAGAAGAAGCAACAAUGUUUGUCAAAAUGCAAUGUGAGCAUUGAAUUAUCCAAAUCAACCCUUAGAUGCAGGACUCUAGAUUCAAAGAAACAGUUAAACCAUUCUACUUUGACUAGUAGUCGGUCAUUUAAAAAGCAUCCAAGAAAGUGUGACAAUCCUGUUCGGGUUCUUCUCACAAAUACCUUAGAUUAUACAAUAUUAUUGUGUAAGAAUUCUGCUUGUAAAGCUAUUCUGAGUUCUGAGGAUAGAUUUUGUAGGAAGUGCUCGUGUUGCAUCUGCCACCGUUUUGAUGACAGGAUGGACCCUAGUCUUUGGUUGGUCUGUAAAUCUGAGUCUGGCAAUGGAGAUUGGUGUGGAUUGUCUUGCCACAUCGAGUGUGCCCUUCAACAUAAAAAGGCAGGUGUAGUUGAUCUUGGCCAAUUUAUGCAGCUUGAUGGUAGUUACUGCUGUGCUUCAUGUGGGAAGGUAUCUGAUAUAAUAGGGUUCUGGAAGAAGCAGCUAGCCAUAGCAAAAGAUGCUCAGCAAGUAGACAUUCUUUGCUCGCGCAUAUCUUUGACUUAUAGACUUUUGAACGGCACAUCUAAGUUUAAAGAAUUGCAUAAAAUUAUUGAAGAUGCUAUGGGAAUGCUGGAGACUGAAAUUGGUCCCGUGAAUUGGUUGUCAACCAGGAUAGUUCGUGGUAAUGUGGGCAGGCUUUCUGUGGUCAGUGAUGUGCAAAAUCUAUGUUCUCUUGCAAUUAUGAAGGCAGAAGAAUUUUUAAAUUGUUUUAGCCGAUCUAUUGUAAAGCACAGAGAUUCUCCUCCUGUUGCCUUUACUUUUCAUUUUGAAGAGAUAUCAUCUUCUUCAGUCGUGAUUGUUCUGAACGAAUCAUGCUUGCAAGCAUCUGAUGCAAUCAAAGGUUACAAACUUUGGUAUUGCAAAAGUGGGGAAGAAAUGCUUGGGAAAGAUCCUGUCCUCAUUCCUAAAGCUCAACAAAGGAUUUUAGUUCCAAACCUUUUACCCUGCACAGACUAUGCUUUCCGACUUAUUUCAUUCUCAGAUGAUAGAGAUUUGGGCCAUUCAGAAUCUAGGUGCUUUACCAGGAGUGUGGAGAUAACUGACAAAGACAAAAAGCAAACCGGGAUGGUUGGUUGCUUGUCCAAUACAGUGAGAGCUUCAAAGGACCCAAAUGCUGAAUCCUCUGGAUUCAAAGUUCGGAAUCUCGGGAGGAUUUUUAGUCCAAAUUGGGCUCAGGAAGAGGACUCUGAUGAGUUAUACCAGGAGGAUGAUGUGGUAGACGAAUCCUACGUAGGAAGUGGUGCAGCAAAGUCCAUUAAUGCAGAAGGGGAUCUACUGAAGACCUCUGCUCCCCGUCAGCUUGAUUUAAAUGUAGCCUCAGUUCCUGAUCUCAAUGAUGAUUUUAGCCUGCCUAUGGGGUCCUCACCAGAGGAGAAUGGAUGCACAUUAGAAAAGAGUGGUCUUGAAAGAUCAACUGGAAGAGGUGAUUACCAGACUUGUGCGGUAAGGGUGGUUGGAAAGGUACCAGCAGUUGAAUCCUGGCCGGACUGUAGGAAGCCAUUGAAAAAUGGAUUCACUGAUGGUUGUGAUGGUGAUAGCACUUUAGUUAGUGCACCACGGCUUGAAUUUUCAGUUGGCUCUAAUAAUUUGGAUGAGAAUUAUGAGUACUGUGUGAAAGUGAUAAGAUGGCUGGAAUGUUUGGGUCUCAUUGAGAAGGAUUUUCGCAUGAAGUUUUUAACAUGGCUCAGCUUCAGGUCCACAGAGCAGGAGCGUUGGGUGGUUAUCACAUUUAUAAGAACCUUUAUUGAAGAGCCAAGUUGCCUUGCAGGGCAGCUCCUUGAUACCUUUUUUGAGAUUGUAAACUGCAAGAGGCCACGGAAUGGUUUCUGCAGUAAGCUGUGGCAUUGAGAAAGAUGAAUUAGAAGAUUCUGCUAGGAAGCUCACUUAUACUUCACUAAUUGAUGGGGUUUUUUUUUUUUUUUGCUCAGGUUUUCCUAAAUAGGAUGAUGGAUUCAUGAUUUUUUGCAUAGUUGAGCCGUUGCUCAGUAGCUUUAUUCAUUUUCUUGAUUUUUUUGAGGUUUAAGAAGCUGGAGCUAUUUUGCCCCAAAAAGUUGGGGUCAAUUUUUUGCAUUCAUGGUGUAACAAUGCUGCUAGCUGAUUGAUGAAUUGUAAGUACGCAUUAUUUUUUAUACAAAGUUAAUAUUGACAUUGU